AUGGAGCGUGUGGUGGUGAGGCAACAGGUGUAUUACCAGCACCAUCAGAAGGGAUGGCUGCGCGGUGUUGUCACCGGCGUGCUCGAGAACGAGAAGAAGGCGCAGGUGGAGGACGCGGAGACCGGGCACAAGGAGACGGUGCCGCUAACGCACGUGCACGGCUACAUGGAGCAGGGCUUUGACGCGGAAGACCCCGACCUGUUCCACCUGAGCGACCUGCACGUGGCCACCACGCUGUACUGCAUCAAACAGCGCUUCGAACAGCUGAAGCAGCAGUACUCGCUCAUGGGCGAGAUGGUGCUCAGCGUUAACCCGUUCCAGCUCAUGGAGUUCAACUCCGACAAACACCGGGAGAAGUACCUUAACUCGAUGGAGACACAACUGCUGCCGCCGCACAUUUGGCAGGUCACACAUAAGGCCUACACGCAGAUCGUCGUGCGUGGGCUUGGCAACCAGUCCGUCGUCAUCUCUGGCGAGUCCGGCAGUGGCAAGACGGAAAACGCCAAGAUGCUCAUCGCGUACCUCGGCCAGUUGAGCUACAUGCACAGCAGCAACACUGUGCAGAGGAGCAUCGCCGACAAGGUGGCGGAGAGUUUGAAGUGGAGCAACCCAGUGCUAGAGUCUUUUGGUAAUGCCCGCACUGUGCGCAAUGACAACUCCUCUCGCUUUGGUAAAUACAUCAAACUCUACUUUGACACCAGCUCCGGCGUAAUGGUGGGCGGCGAGACGGUCACAUACCUGCUGGAGAAGAGCCGUCUCCUGCUGCAGUCCGCUGGAGAACGCAAUUACCACAUCUUCUACGAGAUGCUCGCGGGACUCACACCUGCGGAGAAAAAGGAGCUUGGUGGCCUCAAGACCGCCCGUGACUACAAGUGCCUCAGCGGGGGCAACACAUUCGACCGUCGCGGCAUUGACGGUAGGCCGAUGGAUGACGCAAGGGAGUUCCAAAACGUGCGUCGCGCCCUCACUGCCAUUGAGAUCCCUGCGAGCGUGCAGAAGAGCAUUUUUAAGGUCCUGGCGAGCAUCCUCCACUUGCUUGAGCUCCGCUUUGAGUCGGACCAGAAUGACAAGGCGCAAAUCGUCGAUGAUGAACCGUUCCGCAUCGCGUGCGACCUGUUGCAGGUGGACCCCGAGCUGCUCAAGGAGUGCUUCCUGGUGAAGAGCCACACCAGCCUCGUGACAAUCCUCGCCAACAAAACAGAGGCUGAGGGUCUGCGCGGCGCCUUCUGCAAGGCCAUCUACGUUGGUGUAUUUGACCGCCUCGUUGAGUUCGUGAACAAAUCCAUCGACCCGCAGGGCGACGUGACGGAGUGCAAGUAUAUUGGCCUCCUCGAUAUAUUCGGCUUUGAAAACUUCACACGCAACAGUUUUGAGCAGAUCUGCAUCAACUAUGCGAACGAAGCCUUACAGAAUCACUACAACAAAUACACCUUCGUCAAUGACGAGGCGGAAUGUCUCAGUGAAGGCAUAGAAAUCCCCAAGAUUGUCUUCCCUGACAACUCCGAAUGCGUCAAGAUGUUCGACCAGAAGAAAACGGGCAUCUUCUCAAUGCUCGAUGAGGAGUGCCACUUCAAGGGAGGCUCGGUGGAGCGCUUCACCCACAACCUCUGGGAACAGUGGGCGAAUAAAAACGAAUACUUUGUGCAGCCCAAGAGUACUGUGCCUAAUCAAUUUGGUGUUAACCACUAUGCCGCAUUUGUGAACUACAACACGGAGGAGUGGCUGGAGAAGAACACUGACAGUAUAAAGGAAGAGGCGUACCAGUGUGUUCGCAAGUCCGCUGAUCCGUUUAUCCAAACCCUACUGACAGAAGAUGCGGUGGCCAACAGGCGCAAGCAGACGGUGGCGCUCCACUUUCAAGAGCAGUUGGUGGUGCUGCGGGCGGAACUGGAGUCGACAGAGACGCAAUUCAUCCGUUGUAUCAAGCCCAACAUGGAGGCUAGCCCGGACGCGCUUGACAAUUGCCUUGUUGGCAGCCAACUGGAGUCAGCGGGCGUGCUGCAGACCAUCGCACUAAAGCGGCAGGGGUACCCGGUGCGUCGUCUUAUUGAAUAUUUCUGCCACUACUUCUACCUCAUCUCGAUGCGGUCGACGGUAAAGCUGUACAAGGAGAAAAACUAUCGGGCCGCUGCGGAGGACCUUCUCGCCACUUACCAGCGGUUGUACAAUUGGAAGAAGCCCAACUACGCUAUCGGUCACACAAAGGUCUUCGUCCGCGCGGAGGUUUGGUCCUCACUCGAGCGGCUUCUGCUGCGCCGCAAGGGCUGGCUCAUGCGACGCUGCGUGCCGUUUCUGAUCCGCUGGAUUUAUACCUACCGGGAAGAGAAGCGCAUCGCCGAGGAGCGGCGCAAGGAGGAGCUUCGCCUUGCCAAGGAGGAGCGCGAGCGCAAGAUGGCCGAAAUUGCGGAGAAAGGCAUCACCUCGGAUGAUAUGGAGUGGGUGGAGGUUCUUGCCACACUGUUCCCGACGCUGGAUAUCUCCACUCUCAUUGACAUUGUGCUCUAUCUCUCCUCGCGUGAGGACUCCCUCGCCGCGGUGACGGAGAUACAGAAACAGCGUCUUGACGGAACGCUUCCAUCCACCUUCUUGCGCGUGAUGGCGGAGGCGGAAGUGGGGCCAUCGGUGGUGGAAUGUCUUCUCAGUAACGAUAUCACCACAAUGGAGCGGCUCUCGCAGUGCAGCCAGGCGGAGCUGAGGCAACACGGCAUGUCCGACGCGGAGGUGGCGGCGGUGACACGCAAGAUGCUGAAGGAGCAGUCGAACCGCGUCAAGCUGGAGCGGCUGCAGAGCACUAUCGGGACGCUGAAGCUGGGCGCCGCCCUUGAUGAGGCGAGGCGCCGUGCCGCUACGCAGAGUGACUUCACUGCAAAGGUGUACACGCUGCUCGGGAUGGGCUUCCCGCGCGUCCAGGCGGAGCUCGUGCUGACACACUACAGCGGCGACGUGCAGAAGGCGGCUGCCCGCCUGCUUCACGGCGGCGUGUCAAAGCACGUCGGAGUGAAGCCACCUCAGGGGAAGGACGGUAGGUGGACGUCGCUCGACCACGAGGUGCAGCAGCUCGUAAAGCUCGGCGUGACGAAAGAAAACGCGAAGCGGGCGCUCCGCCGAACGAGUGGAAACACCGACGAGGCCGUGCGGCUCAUAUUCCCUCCAUCUUCUUAG